UGUUUGUUUGCGUGCAACAACUUUUUCCACCGUGUCCCGGCGUGUGUGCGAAAAAGUCUUGCAACGUUCAAAACAACACGUCGAUAAGUACGGCCGCAAAAAUUCCUAAAUCCGUGGCAGCAAGUAAACUGCAGCGCCUCAAAGCCAAAGCAGCUGCAAGUCAACAUUACGGCGGCAGUUAUCGUAAGUCCGGUAACAGCGGCGGCAACGGCGGCGGUGGAGGUGGUGGUGUCGGCGGCGUAGGCAGCGGCAGCGGCAGCGCAGCUGGCAGCGAUUUAGCUAAUUUUACAACAACAAGCGGCUACAACUAUCAACGCGGUGGCGCUGCGGAGGAGCGUAGCUUUGCUGCAACAGCGGCGACGUCGGCGUUGGCGUUGGCGUCUUCAGCUGCCGACACUGUUGGCGACAAGUCAUAUCAAUACAGCAACAACAACAACAACAUCAGCACUAGCAACAACAAUUAUCAAAAGUCAAACUACACCAGUGCCAAUUACAAUAAUCAGAAUCCAACAACCAACCACCUGCCUUAUCAGCCUACACCAUACUCCUCCCACAACAACAACAACAGCAACAUCAGCAGCAAUAACAACAUCAAUAACGGAAACGGGGGAACGAUGAUGAUGACCAAACAAAAGCCAACGCUUACCGAACGCCUCAACAUCAGUGGGGAUGAGGUUCGCGAGCUUAAAUUGGGUGCCACAUUCAAUCCAAAAAACACAGCGACCGCAUUUCACACAAUCAAAUAUGACUUUAAGCCAGCGAGUGUGGAUACGAGCCGAAUGGCAACUGUGGAUGUUGGCUCCAAUAAUCAAGUUACUGUUACCGUGCCAAAUUUAGAAAGUUCCGGUGUGCCUCAAACAGUUUAUAAGGGUAAUCACAAAAAAUAUACAAAAGAAUGCCUAAUCAUAUUCGACAAGGAAACGGGUGCUAUCACAUUAGAGAAGCUAAACCACAAUAUACAAGUGAAGAAGACAAGAAGCGAAAUGACAAACAAGCCAAGCUUGAUGCCUGCUACAAAUGCUGCACCCAUACCAACUGGCGCUAAUGGUGUGCCGAUGCCGUCCGCGCCGAUCGCCGGCACAGGAUCUGCACUCAAAUUGGAGAACAGCACCAUGCGCAUAACAUCGAAAACGAAAGUGUCGACGGGCAGUCGCCGGAACAAUAUAAUUGAUUUUAAGCCACGCAAUUCGCCCAUGCAACAGAGCUCACCAUCGCGUCCAGUGGCCUCGCACCGCAGUCCGCAAUCGGCGCCGGCCUGGCAUGCCAACAAUGCCCAGCAAACAUUGCCUAGCAUACCUAUGAUAAUGGACGAUGAUGACUUUGGCUUAAGUGCAGCUCUGCACAAUGGCGGUCAGGCGAAUAUCUCGGGCUCCUCCACAGGUUCUUCGGUAGGUCAGCCGGAUUAUGGGUCAGCGCAUAUGGGCAAGCAACGACAAGCGCCGAACCAAGGUCAUGGCAAACGGCAGCAACAGACCCAACGCUCCAGUCCUCCCAUGCACCAGCAGCAGCAACAGAAUUAUGGCCGUGGCGGCGGCAACAACAACUACGCACAACAGCAGCAGCAGCACCAACAGCAACAUCAGCAGCAAAUGCAGCAACGCGCAUCAUUUAGCCAUAGCAAUCAUAGCAACAGUAUGCCCUUGGACUUGGAUUCGCCCAGUCAUCACGAACAAAGCGCAUCUAUGGCACAGGCAGCCGCCGCGCUGGAACAGCAAAUUGGCGGUGAACUGAGUGCGUCUAGCUCGAGCUCAGAGUCUGAAUCCAGCGAUAGCGACAGUGGCAGCGAUUCUGAUGACAGCACCGAGGAUGAUCGUCCCACGCAUCAGGAGCAACAGCCGCCAGGGCAGCUAUCACAUCAUCAUCAUAUGCAACAGCAACAACAACAGCAUCAACAUCAUCAUCAGCAGCAGCAGCAGCAACACAUGCAUCAGCUGCCUAAUCUGGGACUGGGUUCUAUAUCGCCGACAUACAAUAGUCAUCAUCAUCAUCAACAACAACAACAGCAGCAGCAGCAGCAACAGUCGCAUCAUCAUCAUCACCAGCAACAGUCCGGCAUUUAUGCAUCCAAUGGUGGCUUUCCCAAUGACUUGCUACAAAACGAUCUGCAAUUGUCGUCAAAUUCGUCCGAUGAUGAUGAUUAGCCUUUUUUAAACUGUAAACCAUUAAGUUGUAAUCUAUGUUGCCUUCUUUUUUAACUAAUUUAAAGAACAACAACGACCAUAAAUAAAUAUCAGCAUCCGCAAACAUUAAACAAA